AAGAAGAAAAAGAAAGAAAACAGAGAGUGCGGUUGACUUUGUCUUCCGCGAGGAAGACGAAAUAUGUUUAACGAGUCAAAGACGAUUGAUACUCAGAAGAAUAUACCGUUUUUCGCAACCAUCCAACGACAAAACUCCAUUUGAUCCAUCAAAUUACUCAGUAACAGUGAACAAAAUCAACCCACCUCAACAAUUUCCUAAAAACUUACAGACCAACCACUCUUCACGAUAAGAGCCAAAAUCCAGGUCUCUUUAAUUUUUCAUUUAAUUCAGUAGGACUACAAACCCAGUUGCAUUCAUUUCUUCUUAUCCCUUAUUGACUAUUUAAUCACUGAAAGGAUCAGAUUCUAGUGGAGAACAGAGAGGAACAGGAGAAACAGAGAUGAAUCAAAUGGAUUCUCGGAGCUUCCCUCAACUCCUCUCGGAGUUACUGGCGUCUGCUGACGAGGUGGCUUCACUUGCCAAAGACUCUGAGACCGAACCGGAGACCUUCAAUGAAUUCGCCGUCUUCGUCGAGAAAUUCUCGCCCAUCCUUAAUGAUUUAAGGAUCAACAAUAAGGCCAUGGACACGCCCCAGAUACGAAAGGCGGUUGAGUCACUGGAAACAGAGAUUAGGCGUGCCAGAACUCUCAUCAGGAACUCCAAUUCGAGAUCUCCGGUGAAACAGAUUGAAGAUGUUACCCAUGAUCUUGGGAGAUGUUUGGGCCUGGUGCUGUUGGCGAGUCUCGAUGUGUCUGCGGAGAUUAAACAGAAGAUUGGUGCUUUGCACAAAGAAAUGAUUAAUGCCAAGUUCAACACGAACGUAGUUGUUGAUCGUGAAUUGGAGUUGGGUGCUGAAUUGGAAAUUAAGGAGGAAGAGGAGUUUGAAUUGGAGGAAGAUAGGGUUGUUCUUGAUGUUGACGAUGUUGCUUUGCAGCUUAAAUAUGGUAAUGACCAAGAAUUUAAAGCUGCUCUUUCGGGGUUAAGUGUUCUAAUUAGAGACAAACUGGUUAGGAAUGAAUGGAUAAGUGAUGAAGGAAUCAUCCCAAUUCUGUUGAAUCGAUUGGGUUCAAGUAAGCAGUGUAACAGGUUGACUAUAAUUUUGUUACUGAGAAGACUUGCACAUUUGAAAGAAGAGAACAAGCGUUUAAGUAUGGUACAGGAGAAGAUGGCAGAUCUUGGAUCUCUGUCGACAUUGGUGCGGUCUUUGUCACGAGAUAUUGAGGAGAGCAGGGAGGCUGUUGGGCUCCUACUGGAACUGUCGGAGCUCCAGGCGGUUCGCCGGAGAAUUGGCAGAAUUCAAGGAUGUAUUGUUAUGUUGGUUGCCCUGCGCAAUGGAGAGGAACCCUGUGCUUCACAUGAUGCUGGGAAGUUGUUGAAUUCUUUGUCAACUAAUACUCAAAAUGUUCUUCAUAUGGCAGAAGCUGGUUACUUCAAGCCACUAGUGCAAUAUCUAAAAGAAGGUUCUGAUAUGAGUAAGAUUCUCAUGGCAACAGCACUUUCAAGAAUGGAGCUCACAGACCAGAGCAGAGCUUCCCUUGGAGAAGAAGGAGCAAUUGAACCCCUAGUCAAAAUGUUUAGUUCAGGGAAGCUUGAAGCAAAACUAUCUGCUUUGGGGGCAUUACAGAAUCUGUCCAGAUUAACUCAAAAUGUCAAGCAUUUAGUUAGGUCAGGCAUUGUAGCUUCUCUGCUCCAGCUCCUUUUCUCAGUCACUUCUGUGCUCAUGACUCUACGGGAACCAGCUUCUGCCAUUCUUGCUAGCAUAGCCCAAUCUGAUUCUGUUCUUGUGAAUCAAGAUGUGGCCCAAAAGAUGCUAUCACUUCUAAGCCUCUCCAGCCCAGUAAUUCAGUAUCACCUCUUACGAGCACUCAAUAGUAUUGUCAUCCACUCCAGUGCAUCCAAGGUUAGAUCUAGAAUGAAAGAAAAUGGUGCAAUUCAGCUUCUACUGCCCUUCCUAACUGAAAGAAGCACUGAAAUCAGAACAGUUGCCCUGAAUGUACUGAAUAAUCUAACUAAAGAUUUGCCAAAAGAGUUGACUGAAGAACUUGGGGAGUUCCAUCUCAAUAUCAUUGUGAAUAUCAUCUCCGAGUCAAUAUCUGAGGAUGAAAAAGCUGCUGCUUUGGCCUUACUGAGUAAUAUUCCAGUUAGUGACAAGAAAGCAACAGAUAUACUCAAAAAGGCACAUUUACUGCCGAUUCUCAUAUCCUUGAUGGGUACAUGCACCACAACUUCAGCAUCCACAAGUAAAUGGAUGGAAGAGAGCAUUGCAGGUAUACUGAUUCGGUUUACCAUCCCUUCAGAUAAAAAACUUCAGCUACUAUCAGCAGAACAGGGAGUGAUUCCUUUACUUGUGAAGUUACUCUCAACUGGGUCACCUGUUGCCAAAUGUAGAGCAGCAACUUCACUAGCUCAACUAUCACAUAAUUCAUCAUCCUUAAGCAAGUCUAGAACAUCCAGAUGGUUGUGUGUUCCUCCCUCUGUAGAAGCAUUCUGUGAAGUUCAUGACGGAUAUUGCUUUGUUAAAAACACAUUUUGUCUCAUAAAAUCUGGUGCUAUCCCUUUUCUACUCCAAAGUUUGGAAGGUCAAGACAGAGAAGCAGAUGAGGCCAUUCUUGGUGCUCUAUCGACUCUCAUGCAGAAUGAGACAUGGGAAAGUGGAAGCAAAGUAAUAGUCAAAGCAUCAGGUGUACAGGCCAUAUUAAGAGUUCUUGAAGUAGGGAAUGUAAAGAGUCAAGAGAAAGCACUUUGGAUGCUGGAGAGAAUUUUCAGAAUUCAGGCUCACAGAGUGCAAUAUGGGGAACCUUCCCAAGCUUUGCUCAUUGAUCUUGCACAGAAGGGAGCUCCUACCCUAAAAUCAACAAUUGCUAAAAUAUUGGCACAUCUUGAGCUCUUGCAGGUACAAUCAAGCUACUUCUGAGAAGAUUAAGGCAAAGUGAUUCUGUGUGCAUAAUUUUGUUCAGCCAUACUGUAUUUUUUAGUUCUUUUGUUAAUAAGCCAAGAAAUUUAUGGAAAGGGAUAACACUAGAUGUCUAUAUCUGUUUACUCUUGGCAUAAACUUCACUUUGUCAACUCUUAACUGGGCCAGACUGUCAGCAGCAUCGUUUAGUUCUCUACAACUACCUUGAUCCUUUCUUUUA